CGUCCACUCUUUAGGGUUUUGGCGCUAGAAAGGGUGGCGGGAUUGCGGCUGCGUUCUCUCUUUUUUCUCGCCCUCUGCUCCGUUGUUGCUGGGCUGUCUUUCCUUCCCGUUUGAUCAGGGACUGAACUAAGGAUUAUUGUGCUGAAGCCGCCAAGAUGAGCAAGCUCCAGAGUGAUGCAUUAAGAGAAGCUAUUACCCAGGUGGUUGGUGAAUCAAGAGAUAAGAAACGCAAGUUUACUGAAACAAUUGAACUUCAGAUUGGUUUGAAAAAUUAUGAUCCACAGAAGGACAAACGUUUCAGUGGCUCCGUUAAGCUACCUCAUAUUCCUCGCCCAAAAAUGAAAGUUUGCAUGCUUGGUGAUGCUCAGCAUGUUGAGGAGGCAGAGAAGAUAGGGUUGGAGUACAUGGAUGUUGAAGGUUUGAAGAAGAUGAACAAGAACAAGAAGUUGGUGAAAAAGCUCGCGAAAAAGUUUCAUGCUUUUCUUGCAUCAGAAGCCAUCAUUAAACAGAUACCCAGGCUCCUUGGUCCAGGUCUUAACAAGGCUGGGAAGUUUCCAACUCUUGUUUCGCACCAGGAGUCACUUGAGUCAAAAGUAAAUGAAACCAAAGCAAUGGUUAAAUUCCAGCUUAAGAAGGUGCUGUGCAUGGGAGUUGCUGUCGGGAAUUGUUCCAUGGAGGAGAAGCAGAUCUUCCAGAAUGUACAGCUUAGCGUCAACUUUCUUGUUUCAUUGUUGAAGAAGAACUGGCAAAAUGUGAGGUGCUUGUACCUGAAGAGUACCAUGGGGAGGGCGAUCAGAGUAUUCUGAGUGUUGGGCUGUUUCUGCUGUUUAAUUAUGUUGGUGUGCAAAGAAAAUAUCGACCAGUGACUAGUAGAAGUCGCUGUCUAGUUUUUCCCUUUUCUUUCCUUUUUUUGUCUCCAGCCCCUUCUCUCUUUCUUACACUUCUCUCUUUCUUACACAGUAGGUCAAUUGUUUGCUUUGCUAUCCUUCUUUCAAGUGAUUUUUCUUUGUAUGGUGGAUUAUGUGAGUAGCUUAAAUAUCUUUUAUAUUGGAUGAGUCAAAAUGGAUCUGAGCGCCUUGUUUCGGCAUUAUUGAGAUGAUAUUUGCAAGAUGUUGAAAUUUUGUAUUA